UUGAUAUUUUUCAACAAUCCCUUUAGUGAUUACAUUGGAACAGGUUCAUCAUAUUUUAUAUAGUGAUUACAUAAACGAUAAACAGUUGAAAUAAACCUACGUUCAUGCAUGCCCGCAUAGUCUGGCAGAUAACCUUAUGGAAAACUAAUUUUACUCGUACAACAAAUAUAUACAGGAAAUCGUGCAACUUAUUUAGGGAAGAUAACAUAACUUCUCUUGAGAUAAUAAUAAUAUAAUAAUGCAAUAUGUUGAAGUUAAUUCUACAAACACAAGAGGGGCAACAAGUAGAAGUGUCCAUACAUCCCGAGGACACAUUUGCAGAUUUAAAAAAGCAAUAUGAAGGUCCAGAAAAUUCUGUCUUACCAGAAUUUUUAAAGCAUCUCAUUACCAAUGGGGAUGAAGUUAGCGAAGACACCAAAAUACUUGAUCAUGUCACUAAUAGUAGUAGCAACACUUGAAUGGGCAAUGGAAGACUCUAUGGAAGACAUGGAUGAUUUAGAUUCAAUAGAUCCUGUACAAAAUAUCAUGGUCGAAGCUCAGAUAAAAGAAUGCUGUGCAAAUGAAUGCAUCAGUACUGAGUUAACGGCACCAGAUAAAACAUACUUUCCAUUACCUAGUGAUGAAACAAGGCUAUCAUCAUGGCUAAUAGGAAUUGCUAGACCUGACCUACUCAACCCUGCUACACAAUAUAAUUCUAGUUUACAUCAAAAGUACUUUGUGUGCAGUGAUCACUUUCAACAGCAUCAUUUCUUAAAGGGUACAAAUCAAGUUUUGAAACGUCGUGCUUGUCCAUCCAUAACUCCAGGAUGUAAUACUGAGGCAGUACUUAAUUCAUCCCUUCUGAAACCUCAACCAAUGUAUGUCAAGACAGAAGUUAAAGAUUGUAUAUUGUUGCCAACUGAGGAAAACGAAACACUUAAUGAUUCAGAAUCCAACAGCGACAUGGUACAAACUACUAAUGUUCUUAUAGAACCGGAACAUCCUGGCAUACUUUGUCGUUUGUGUGGUCAGACAACAGAAGAUCCCAUUUAUUUCUAUGCAGAGGAGGAUAAACAAACUGAAUAUAGUAUAGAGGAUAAAAUUAAUUUAUGUCUUCCCAUAACAGUAAAUGCCAAAGAUCCACUUCCAAAACAAUUAUGUCACCAGUGCCAUGAAAAACUGAAUACUUGUCACGACCUGGCUCUGACUUGCUUAGAAACCGAAGAUAUCUUAAAAAGUAUGUUACAAACGAAACAGUUUCAUGUAGAUGAGACAAAGCACUGUCCUCUAUGCAUACAAGGAGAAAUGCAAAUAAUUAAAAAAAGUGGGAUCUAUCGAAAGGAUAAGUUUGAGAAAAAUCCGAACAUCCUGAGUAUCCCUAAUACAAAAGUGCAACAAGCAGUGCCUUCACAAAAUUGUGUUAUAGAAGAAAACGAAGUUGAUGAUGUUACUGAAAAAAUGGAAAACGACGAGUCAGAAUCGUUAGUUGAACAUUUUGAAGACGAGGACAUUUCUGCGAGUCCUUUAUCAGUACCAGAUACAGAGUUUUCCUGUUCAAUUUGUAAUAAAACGAUAAAUUUCUACAAUGUCAUCUAUCACGCUGAUCAGCAUUCUGGUCACCAGUGUGUAAUUUGCAAAAAUGUUAAAUUCAAAACUGCAAAUGAGCUCCGGGUACAUUUUUUAAAACAUGGGCAUUCACGCUUUGAGUGUGAAUAUUGUGCCAUAUCUGAGGACGUAAUUGAAAUGGCAGUAGAACAUGUUAAAUCAUGUAAACCAGAAGCAUGGGAUAUUCAGUGCGAUCGCUGCGGUGAAAAAUUUACAGAAGAUGAGGAGACACAUACUUGCUGUGUCCCAGAGGACGAAGACUGGUUCGAAUGCGAGCAGUGUGAAAAAAAGUUCAGGCGAAAAUCAAAUUUGACAAUGCACAUAAAGUCUCACGAGAAAAAGGAAACAAUGAUGUACAAGUGUGUCUUUUGCAAUAAACAAUUUUCACGCAAAGGACGUUUGCAUACACAUCUCUCAAUUGUACAUCAGGAUAUCGACGCCAUUGUGAGAUUCAAGUGUUAUAAGUGUAAAAAAUGUAACGAGGCGUUCAGCAGCUCAGCCAAUGCAGAUGCUCAUAUAACGGAGAAACAUUUUAGUCAACUGAUACUUUCUGAUGUAAAUUAUAUAAACGAUCAGUUUACAGUAGAGGAAUUAAAUUUGACAAAAUUGUAUAUAUGCGAGUAUUGUGAGAGAUGUUUUACAAUACCGAUUUCGUUACACGAGCAUCGACAGAAUGAACACUCACAAAAUUCUGAUUAUCACUGCAAUGUGUGUAAUAAUUCCUACGAAUCACAUAAACAACUUCUAAGUCACAAAAGUCUUCAUAGCAAAAGUAAUGAAUUUGAAGAUCUGGGUAUCCGGCAGUAUUACGUAUGCAAAUAUUGUAACAAGACGUUUCUGCACUAUGCAUCCCUAAAUGCGCAUACAAUUCAACACAGACAGCCGACACCUUAUUUAUGCCGACCAUGUAACUUAAAAUUUGCUACGUAUAAAGAGAUGGAAACACAUCGUCAAGCAACGCAUCCUUAUCAAUCAAUUCUACAUGAGGGACCAAACGGCUCUUAUCAGUGUCACUAUUGCAAAAAGAAAUUUAGUCAUGAACUUGGAUUGAUCAAGCAUAUACGAAUGCACACUGGCGAACGUCCAUAUAAGUGUGCAGUGUGUGGCAAAGCAUUUUCACAAUCGUCAGGACUUUAUACUCAUCUUAAAGUUCAUUCAAAUUUGAGACCUUACACAUGUUCUCAAUGUCCACAGACAUUUAAGAUCAAGGGUGACAGAGAUAAUCAUGUGAAAAAGCAUUCUGGUAAUCGACCAUACAAGUGUGAUUUUUGCCAGAAGGCAUUCAUGACACAGCAUGUUUACAGUCAGCAUAGGAAGAUUCAUACGAAUGAAAGGCCAUAUAAAUGUGAUACAUGUGGUGAUGCUUUCAGAAGAUCACAUGUGUUAACUGUGCAUAUGAGACGGCAUACUGGAGAAAAGCCACAUGCUUGUGAUUUGUGUCCUAAAGCAUACAGACAGCGAGGUGAUUUGUUAAAACAUAAGAAGAUGCAACAUGGUACUAGCUCGAGUAGUGUUUUAAAUUCUAAUAUUACAAAUAACUCAAACAGUGCUUUAAAAAAAGCCAGUACAUUAUUGACUACUGAUGCGACUACCGUACUUUUACCGAUUUGACAACAUCAAAGAUAUCUAUUAAGAAUGAACAAUAUACACCAAUUUUCCCAAAAGCUAAUCGAUUCUCAGAACAUAAUACCAUACGAGUGUUUUAAAUAAAUCUGUUUUUAAACAGUGUUAUUGGCAUUGCAUACUACCCAUGUUUAUGUAUAAAGCAAUGUGAAAUAGAAGCAGACAGGAUAGGUCAUACCUUGUCUUACCUAUCAAUAAGAGUUACCAAAAAAUAAUAUAUUUAAGAAUCUUGAAACGCAGCUUUUACCUCGGCUUGGAUUAUCUGCUAAUUAGUCUAUAUCGACCUUUCACUGAUUCAUCAAAUUUAGUUUACAGCACUAAUUAACAUAACAUAACCCAUAACCCCAAAUGUUUUAAAUUAGUUAUUUUCGAUGAAUCUUUCAGUAAUUUAUUAGAUCUAUCUAUAAAUGUGAAAAAGCUUUGGAAAAACAAUAUCAAUGACAUAGGAAUCUUAUAAAUGUGACAUAUUAAUUUUACAAAUUUACCGACUAAUCUAAUGAAUGAUAAGUUUGUACUUACCGACCUCCAAACGUAACGUGAACGUUGUGAUCACCAGCCGUUAAUCUAGUAGAUUAGACUUUUUGGUGGUGUUGAUGGUAUUUCCGUUGCUCAAUGUAAAUAAACUAACUAGACAUGCCCGUUUAUCAGGUGUCGCACGAUCCUAAUAUGUAAAAUA